AUGCGUGGGCACUCGGACACGCAUGAGCACCCCGAUGGGGGGAUGUGCACCCGGGGGACUUGUGCAUGCCCCGACAUGCAUGUGGCAGCAGUGCUGGUGGUGCUGGCAGCGGCGGUGCUGGCAGGGGCCGAGGCGCAGUGCCCGGCCCCCUCCAACCUGCGGACGGCCAACGGCACCCACAUCUGCGCCCAGCUCUACACCGACAACAGCCCCUACUAUGACCAGUGCUGCGGGAGUCCGCCCUCGUGGUUGUACCCUGGCUCCGACGUCCCCUACAUGCCCCCCGGCUGGGUCACCGCCGUCUCCUCCUUGGUGGUGGGCACCCGCUGCGAGCUGACUGUCUGGUCUCGGGCCAGCAAGAAGGGGAAGAGCCGGAGUUUCGGGGCCAGCACGGUGCCACGGUUGCAGGAGGUGCGGCGGGGGCUCUUCGGCAACUGGAACAACACCAUCAGGGGCUUCUACUGCCAGUGCCGCUGAGGCAGGCGGCACGGGGCAGCGCAGGUCAACACCAGUCAACAUGAGUCAGCACGAGUCAACGCAGGCCAAUGUGAGUCAACACAGGCCAAGACAAGUCAACAUGAGUCAACAUGGGCCAAGAAAAGUCAAUGUGAGUCAACAGGGGCCAAGACAAGCCAACGUGGGCCGAGACAAGCCAACACAAGUCAAAUCGAGUCAACGCGGGCCAAGACAAGUCAAUGUGAGUCCACACAGGUCACCGUGAGUCCACAUGGGUCAAGGCUGACAGAUGUGGGGCUGACAUGUUGAUGUGGCAGUGCC